GGGUCGCGCGUGCAUUGGUUCGUCCAAUCAGAGUGCUCGACACUGACUCAAGCGACUCUCCUCCACUGAGCAGAAUAACAUGCGCGCGGCAGAUGCUGAUGUUCAGAGCGAGUGAUCCUUAGUAAAUAAUAAACAUGAUCCGGAUCGCCGCUCUUAAUGCCGCGUCUCAGGCUGCGGAUGAGCAUGAAGAAGCCUUCAAAAGCACAAAACCAAGUCAAACUAAGGAAGCUCAGGAGGCAGAAGCUUUUGCCCUUUAUCAUAAAGCUCUUGACCUGCAGAAACAUGACAAGUUUGAUGAAUCUUCCAAAGCCUACCAUGAGCUUCUCAAGACCCCUCUGCUCAAAGAGGCAGUGGCAUCUGAAGAUGAGAAAGUUGGACUCAAGCAUCCUGGGCUGAUGUUAAAAUAUUCCACCUAUAAAAACUUGGCCAGCCUCGCUGUACUCCGAGAUGAUAUUGACACUGCCAUGGACCUUUAUGUGCAGGCCGUCAUGCUGGACUCUACAGAUGUGAAUAUGUGGUAUAAAAUGGGCAGGUUGGCUUUGAAAAAGGCGAGUAUGCCUUUGGCCCGUCAUGCUUUCGAGGUGGGCUUACGCUGUAACCCUGACCACUGGCCCUGUCUGGACAGCCUGAUCACAGUCCUCUAUGCCCUCAGUGACUACAGCUGUUGUCUGUACUACAUCUGCAAGGCUCUGGAGAAAGACACGGGUUACAGUAAGGGUCGUGUGCUAAAAGAGAAAAUCUUUGAGGAACAGCCCUGUCUCAGACGAGACUCAAUGAAGAUGUUUUCCAAACUUGAUGUGUCAGUGCUGUAUGGUGAUGUGGAUGAGGAUGAGGCUCACAGUAUUGUAGAGGAGGCGCUGGAGAUGAGGAGACAGAGACAGGCUAAACUAACACGCCACCCAGUAGCUGAUCUGCAACUGGUUCAGCCAAUCAAAUUCUUCACGUGGAAGAGUGUGGGUGAAAGUUUCCUAGCCAUGUACAAACACCAGAACGCUUGUCUGGUCCCACGGCCCGACUUCGGACGCAGAAUCGACCUGUCGAUGUACCGCGACCCGGACUGCCUCCUUCAGGUGUCCGUCACCACUCCAGCAGCCACAUUCGCCGUUUCUGUAGACCCUCCUCAGCCCCCCGUGCCAGUCGCUCUGCCUCAAGCCCCCUCUGCCCCUCCUCCUGUACCCAGCAGCCCAGCCACCAGUCUGCCCCCAUCCAUCGAGUUUCCCAUUCAGCCGCAGGACCAGCUCAGCACUUCUGUACCACAUAGCCAGAAUGUAGUCGAGGUGACCACCACAACUACAGUCACUGUUUCUGCUACCAAUGGAUCUGAGGAUGCUGUGGUUACCACGGUUACCUCCGCAGCUCUGGAUGCUGCCUUGAGUGACAAAGUAAAAAAAGGCACAAAGAGAAAACGCGUGGUGGAGGACAAUGUAGAGACGGCAAAGAGACGUUCGGCACGUGUCCGUAACACUAGAUCCAAGAAAGAAGAGAAGAUUGACUUCCAAGAAGUUCUCCUGAAAUUCCUUCCAUCCAGGCUAAGAAAGUUUGAAGAUGAUGAGGAUGAGGAGAGUCUCAGUAAUAUGGACACACAGUGUGAUGUCAAACCUGAUUCCCAGUUGAACCGUGGCACUGGUUCCGACGCUGAGUAUUUAAUUUCUAUGGAGUCGGAGCGUAAGGAAGUGCAUGCGUUCUUGCUGGCAAACAUGCAGAACGGUGGCAUCCUGGAGUUGAUGAUUCGCUAUCUGAAGGCAGUGGGACAGAAGUUUCUGGAAGAGUGGCCUGCAGGUCUCAGUGGAGUGGUGCUGGAUAUAUUCAACUGCUGGAGGAAACACAGCGCUGGACUGCCUAACCCACUUUUCAGAGACUCCAGCAAUCAGCACAUAAAGGAAAUGAUGCUGAUGAGUCUGUGCUGUCUGGAACUGCAGUUGGAGCAGAAGACCUUGAUGAAGAGCAAGAACAUUUCUCAAAGAAAGAUUGCGUCUGGGUCAGGAAGGGAUUGCGGGGAUGCGGAUAGUUCGGAGGACCGCUUUCAAUCGGACUUAUUCCUCCUGACCAUGGCUUCUUCUCAGAGAGAUCUGUUUGAAAACGACUGGAUCUCUUUUGCUGUCAGAGUUCACUGGCUCAAAGCAAGACAUCUCGCCUUUCAGGGUGACAUGGAGGAGGCCCUCGAGUGUUACGACAUGUGUGUCGGUCUGCUGAAAGGUCAAAGCAGUGAGACAGAAAAACUCAACAUCAUGUUGCCCAACCUCAGCAUGGAUGCUGCCAUAUCUUUAGAGGAGAUUGAGAAGAAGUUGAAGUCUCUAGAGCGAUGUCAGUCUCUAGAGGAGAUCCAGAGACUGUUUAACAGCGGAGAUUAUCAGUCUGUGAUCCGUUUACUGCAGCCAACGCUGAGCUUUGGUCCCAGCUCGGCACGAAACAAACCAUUAGAUUACAUCAGCUCUGCUCCUGAGAGACCGGCCCAGCUGUUACUGUUACAGAGUUCCCUGCUACGGCUUAAAGACUACAGCCUUUGCCUGGAAACGUCUGAAGUGUCUCUCAAUGAGGCUUUGCAGCACCUGAACUCCCCAUUACCCAGCAGCCCCUCUACUAAGGAGGAGUGGGUAACCACCAUCACAGCCUUGCUGAAGGGCAUCGAAAGCUGCAUCGCCGACAAACCCGAGCUGCUCAGCAACACCCCGCGCUCCACACACCUGCCGCGUCUCGCCAACAACCUCAUACAGUUGAUAGCCAGCAGUAUGAUAUUACCUGAUGACCCCAAAGAGGCGCAUUUCUCCUCCCUGUUGCCAUGGAUUCUGUUGUACCAUCUCAUCAAACAGGAAGAGGCAGCGUUUGACUGCAUGCUGCGGCAGCACGUUGCAGAUGAGGACGAUGAAGAAGAUGAUACUCCAUUGCUGCCCUCGUCUCUCAUGCUAUUAAACACGGCGCAUGAAUACCUGGGCCGUCGCUCCUGGUGCUGCAAUUCUGAUGGAACUGUGCUUAAAUUUUUUGUAAGUGUAUUACAGAAAAAGCUUUCAGGACAUGAGAAACUGCCAUAUAAAGAAGAUCUGGAGACGGCGCUAGAGCAGUGUUUCUACUGUCUGUAUGCGUAUCCCAGCAAAAAGAGCAAAGCCCGAUACCUUGAGGAACAUUCUGCCCCACAGGUGGAGCUGCAUUGGAGUGAUGCCGUCUCUAUGUUUGAGUACUUCAAACCCAAGACGCUGCCAGAGUUUGACAGCUAUAAGACCAGCACUGUCUCAGCAGAUCUCGCCAACCUGCUAAGAAGACUUUCUGGAAUAAUCCCACGCAACGACGGCCCUGUACUUUCUGUCGAUGAUGUGUCGGCCUACAUAGAGGGAGGAGCCGUCAAGGUCCCGGCGCUCCCAGAUGGAGUUCCCCCAGCGCCCCCUGUGGUUAAUGAGCUGUACUAUCUGCUAGCGGACUACCACUUUAAAAACAAAGAGCAGUCGAAAGCCAUCAAGUUCUACAUGCACGACAUCUGCGUGUGCCCCAACAGGUUCGACUCGUGGGCAGGUAUGGCUCUGGCACGAGCCAGUCGUAUCCAAGACAAGCUGAACUCCAAUGAGCUCAGGAGUGAUGGGCCCAUUUGGAAAAACUCCCUGGCGGUGUUGACCUGUUUCAAACGGGCUCUAGAGAUAGACGGCUCUAACCUGUCCCUUUGGAUCGAAUAUGGCACCAUGUCCUAUGCCUUGCACUCGUUUGCUUCCAGACAACUGAAACAGUGGAAACUUGAACUUCCCGUUGACUUGACUAAACAGAUGGAGGAGCGCAGGGACUCGAUGUUGGAGACGGCGUCUCAGUGUUUCCAGAGCGCAUCUAGCUGUGACGGCGAUGAAGAAGAGUGGCUCAUACAUUACAUGCUAGGAAAGAUCGCAGAGAAGCGCAAACAGCCACCCAAAGACUACCUGCUGCUGUUCAAACAGUCUGCACAUUACCUGCAUGAGGAAGCGGCCCGAUACCCGCGCAAAAUCCACUACCACAACCCGCCUGACCUUGCAAUGGAGGCCCUAGAGCUGUUUUUUCGCCUAAGUGCCACCAUUCUGAAAUUGUUGGAGAAUGAGGAAGAUGAAGGUGAGCACGUUCUGGAUUAUGAAAUGUUCUUCAACAUGCUCGCCGAAGCUGCCGUUGGACCUUUUGCACGUGGGGAGGAGAAGAACACGCCAAAAACCAGCAGCGACAAGGAAAAGCUUCCCUCUGUGAAUGAUGAAGACUCGCGUUCCUCCUCGGCCGGUGUUAGCAGCUGUCCGGCACCGCUGAUGACCUCAUCCGUGACGUCGGUGGCGACCGCGGCGAAUCCUUUGUCGGGCUGCGGUGCGGCAGGUGCGAGUUCUCCCCCGUAUGCGGUCACUCCGGUCGACCAUGAUUACAUCAAACGUAAAAGCCUGAAGCAGAGGCACAGGCGGGGGCAGGAGCACCAGCAGCAGGACGCUAACUUCUCACAUGACCAUGACUACUGCGUGUGUCGCUCUGCUUUGCAGCCAGGAUAUGUGUAUGAGCAAAGUCAGGACAGCGUCGCUUUCAUGUCAGACUCCAGCUCCUUGCAGGAUGUCUUUAUGGACCCCACCAGCUCACAGGACAGCAGCCACAAGGUGAAUUCUGGGAAAUGUCUUUUUCCAGAAGAGUCAAGUACCACUGGAAAAGAGAAACGGGCAGCAGCAGAAGAUGCAGGCAUCACUGAAGACAAGAAUAUGGAUAUCAGCUCUGCCACAGUCUCUCAAGAGUCUUCUGACACCACUUUAUCCAUCACCUCUCCCGAAGCUUCUGUACCCAAAACUCCUACCGCAGACACACCCACCCAAACAUUACCACAGCACACUACCACACCACACAAAACUCACCCCCUGACAGGGCCAUCCAGUGAGGGGAAACGAAGACCAGAGCCCCCUCCUCCUCUGGAGGUGAUUGAGAUACCCAAAUGUCUGCCAACGGGGCGAGCGGAGCAGAAGAAAACACUGGUGGACGUUUGUGUGAGGUCUCUCUUCCUGUGUCUGAGUCGCUUCCCACAGCACUACAAAAGCCUGUACCGUCUGGCCAAACUGUAUGCCUACAGCAAGACACACAAGAACCUGCAAUGGGCACGAGAUGUGUUGCUAGGGAGCAGUGUCUCAUGGCAACAGCUGAAGCACAUGCCGGCACAAGGACUUUUCUGCGAGAGGAAUAAGACCAAUCUGUUCAAUGGCAUCUGGCGGAUUCCAGUAGAUGAGAUCGAUCGUCCUGGUAGUUUUGCAUCUCAUAUGAACAGAUCCAUCGUGCUGUUGCUGGAUGUCCUGUUUCAAUUGAAAGACCAUCACACAUUAUUCAAGAUCUCCCUUAUGCUUCAGAGAACCCCUGACCAGGGAAAGAAGUACUUGCGAGAUGUGGACCGACAAGGUUUGGCCAAGCGUGCAUUUUUCUUUACUGUAAAAGUGUUGGAAGACAAUCUGGAUAAACUCACAGGGGUAAGUGAUCCCCUUAAACCAUCAACCUCCUCUAUGGGUGAGAUGACUACAUCUGAUGUGUCCAACCGGCCUCCUGCUGUGGAGGACCCCAAAUGCUCCCACACCACCCAGUCUAAACCAGGGCUCGCCGAAACCCCUACUAUCACCGAAAGCGUUACUGCACCUCUUCCCGCCAUGCCACUGCCCCAUCAAGCACCACUCCAGCUUUCAUUGCAACCUUUAACUCAGACUCAGGUGACAGGGACGUCCACUCACCCCAGAGAAGGCACUUCUGGGCACGGAGAGCCUAUGGAACUUGGCCUGGGAACGUGGCCAAGUGGCUCAAAAAUUAGAGACCCUCAAACUCCUACUGAUGGUGUCCCGCAAGAGCGGAGGAUUGUAAAAUCAACAUCGGAGGAGGCAGGCAAGAUUCCAGAAAGCAGCCGGGCAUCGGAGCUGUCGCUGGAGGAGUUGAGCAUUAGCUCAAAACAGCAACAGCUCCAGAAUCAGGCGAAUGCUGUGAAAGGGAUGCUGACAACGCCCACCACGCCAGUGCAAGGCAUCCCAAUGCCACUGUCCAGCACCCCUGAGCUGGGGUUACCACAGCGGCCCAGCAGGAAACGGAAGCUGCUGGAUGACAAGGAGUCAGGCAAGACGCUCCUUUUGGAUGCAUAUCGCGUGUGGCAGCAAGGACAGAAGGGAAUGACCUAUGACCUGAAGCGCAUUGAGAAGAUCAUGUCCGAGACGUACAUGCUGAUUAAACAGGUGGAUGAGGAUGUAGCAUUGGAUCAAGCUGUGAAGUUCUGCCAGAUUCAAAUGGCAACAUCGGCACAAAGACAGAGUUCUAGUGAUGCACCCACCACGCCAAAGUUUAGUAAAGACCAGCGAGAUAUCUUCUUCCCGGCAUCGUUCUCAACACCGUGCCUUCACACGUACUCCGUAUCAAACCAGGACGGGGAGGCCAAGCUGAGCAAGACCCCUCGGCCACUUCUCACACAGACACAGACCCACAGCACUCCGACACAAGUCCACUGCCCGCCCACCAGCCAACCCGACCAAUCACAGCAGCGGAAGACACCCAGCCAGCCGAUAGCAAGCAUGGCGUUCUUGCCCCACACAGCAGAAGAGAGAGAAGAGCCGGUUACAGAGGGUCUGCUGUACCGCCAGCAGGAGUCUCACCUGUGUCAGCAGAUGAAGAUGGCAGCUGUCUCUCAGAUUCACAGUACGCAGGAGUGGGCCGUUCUUGAGCCUCCGUCCUGCUCAACCCAAAACAGCACAGAAAGUUCAGAUCAGUCCAAGCAGGGUGAUGCCAGUCGUAUCCGCUCCAGAAUUCCACCCAACAUGCCCAAGCUGGUCAUCCCCUCAACCGUCACUAAAUUCCCUCCAGAGAUAACGGUCACGCCCCCCACGCCCACCCUACUCUCCCCGAAAGGUAGCAUUUCUGAGGAGACCAAACAGAAACUGAAGAAUGUGAUUUUGUCCUCUCAGUCGGCAGCUAAUGUGAAGAAAGACACUCUCGCUCAACCUGCUUUGGAAGUGCAAGAAACUUCCAGUCAGGAAUCUUCUCUGGAAAGUGAAUCGGAUGAGGAAGACGACUACAUGGACAUUUGAACUCUAAUCCGCUGCGGAGCUCACCUUUCUUCUUCGUGUAGCCGCAGCUAUCCAAUGCCGUUUUCGCUGCUGAAUGCACGUUUUCAGCAAAAGGGCUUUUUCCUACCCCGGCACUUGUGUCUUUUGUGUUUUGCUCCUCUGCUGCUAAAAGCAUGGAUUGAGUUUGUGUUGUUCCGUUGUGUACGAUCCUGUAAAAAGUGCCAUUUUUACUGCAGUGACACUCGAGGUAAACCCCGACAACAAGUGGGUUUCUUAGCGCCACAUCUAUUACAGUCGUUUGAAAAUCUUGUACUGAAGCAUAAAUGAUGUUUAAUGCAAUUUACUCGCUAAGAGUUUUCGGGGCAUUCAAUUUUUGCAAAACAUUACAAAGUUGUUUACAGAUUUAAUAGGAAAUCUAUUUCGCUUGACAUUUCGGUCAGCGCCGUUGUGUAAAAUAAACAGGAUUCAUAUCAUUCGUUUUAGUGCCAUUGCAAUCUAACCAUAAAACUUUUUUUGGGAUGUCAGCAUGCAAAUGUUUUUUUUUACAACCACGUGGACACGUAAGUCUAUUUUUCUGCAGAUGUGUAAACGUGUGACGUUUUCAGAGCUGUGCUGCCUCCAUGUAUAGCACGUCUGGGGCAUUUGUGUUACUGACCAUUCUCUACCAGAUACGAAGAUCCUUCUCAACAUAUUUUUGAAGAUUUCCAUUUAUUUUUUGAUUGUUAUUAUUAUUAUUAUUAUUGAUUGCUGUUGGUUGUUAAAACAAAUAUCAAAGACCUGAUUUUGGGGUUCUUAGUGAAGCCACUAAGCUUUCCAGUGCAAACUUGUAGUCUUGUUGUAUUUGUAUUCCUGUUAAUGUCUUACAUAUUUGUCCUACACUCUAAAAAAUACUUGGAUCAAAAGCGUUGGAUCAAAAAGGGACGAGCCUUGCGAUCGGGUUUGGGUUAAAACAGCACAGCAUUUUGGGUUGAAACAACCUAGCAUAGGUUGAAUUACAGCGCAGUUGGCUGAAUUUGUCUCUUUUUGACCCAGUGCUGGGUUUAAAAUAGGCCAGCAUUUUUUAAGAGUGUAAAUAUUCAUUACGUUUCAAUUUGAGGAGGGGAACGCAUGUUAGCCGUGCAACCAGCACUGAAAAUGUGUAACUUAUUCAUUUCACACUUCAAAUAUGAAUGUGAUCCCACAAAGAACCAUUGCAAUUUUUUUUUUUGAAUCGGUUUAGACUCUGUUGGAAUGUGCACUCAUUUAACCUAUGCUAGGUUGAUUCAAGCCAAAAUAUUUGGUUGUUUUAACCUUUUGUUGGGGCAAAUAUGAGCAUUUUCUGGGUUUGUCCUUUUGUGGCACAAUGCUUGGUUAAAAAUAAACCCAGUUUUUUUUUAUGGAAAGUUGAAAGGACCCACACAUGGUGCUGAAAUAUGUCCUAGUUUCUUAUUUUAUCUACGAACAGUUGACCAUUAAAAAGUGCCCAGAUCGUAUGUUAUCUUGAUUUAGUUUAAAACAAUAAGCACUGAUUUAUAUUGAGAGCAUUAAAUCAAAUUCAGAUGUCAUUCGCUGAAGGUCCUGGUAGCGUUUCUCUGACAGAUGAGUUUUUUCGGAGAAGGUUAAUCAUUUCUAACAUAAAGAAAAUUUAGACGGAAGAAUGUUUUUACCGAAUGUUUUCUACUUUAGAUGGAUGGAUAAAUAGCCACCAGUAUUUUUUUGAGUGCAGAAUUUUUCAAGAUAAGAAGUGUUUAGAUGCAAUGAGCGUGGCUGACCAAACUACCUGUAAAGAGAAAGAGAUGUUUCUAUUUUUCCUCUUUGUAAAAUAUUGUUUUGUUUCUUGCUGUUUUGUAUGCUGUCUCUAUGCUUGUUAUGAAUGUAACAUAGCAGAAGUGGAUAUUUCGCUCCAAGCUCUUUGGAGUUGUUACUGCGCUCAGGCUUUUUUUCUGAGAAGGAUGAGAUUUCCGAAUUUCUGACUUGCUGCAUUGAUAUCACAAAACCAAAAAUACACUUCAACUUUUUACCUGA